GUGUGUGUGUGUGUAAGAGUCAUAGUGGAAGAAAUUGGAAAGUAGUGAGGAAAAUCAUGUCAUCUGCUACUUCCAUUGGAUUAUCAGCAAAUUCGUGGUUGCGCUGUCACGUAUCAAUGCCUCCUUCAUGUUUUCCAGUUUCAGUGUCUUAUUCUUCUUCUUCGAACUCUUCUAAGUUCUGCCAUUAUAUUCGGAGAGCAUCUUCUGAAGGUCUUCCUAAUGAGGUGGUUGAAGACUCCAAAUUCGUUCCUUUGAAUGCUGAGGAUCCUAUAUAUGGUCCACCUGCCUUAUUGUUGUUGGGCUUUGAAGCAGAAGAAGAUUUGAAGAUCCAACAGCUUUUAAAAGAGUUAGAUGGUGAAUUCCUGAAGGUCAUCUAUUGCACAGAAGACAUGAUUACAAGUUCACUUUGGGAGGCAAUGCAUACAACACAGCAGAGUUUGGAAGAGGUCAAGAUAGCCAAGUCACUACCCCGGAUAUGUUUCUUGUCUGGUUUAAGCGGAGAGGAGAUGAUGAUGUUCAUAGAUUCUUUUCCGGAAACUGGACUAAAACCAGCUGCAUUUGCUGCACUUGUUCCCAACAGUGCUAAUAAACCCCUGCAGGAAUUGAUAGAAGAAGUAAAGGGAGACCAUGAGAUGUUGACUGGAGAAGAGUUAUGAAGAUCUGAAUUCCCAUUGAAUCCAGGGAAGCUAUUG